UCUCGCGGGAUCUCUCGGGAGGACGGAUGGGGUUAGGUCCCAUCAUGGCGGCUGAAGAGGCGGAUGUGGAUAUCGAAGGGGACGUGGUGCCAGCUGCGGCACAGCCAGGAAGUGAUGAAAGUACAGCAUCUGUUUUACAAGAUCACUAUCUUGAUUCAUCAUGGAGAACUGAGAAUGGUCUUAUUCCUUGGACUCUGGAUAGCACCAUCAGUGAAGAGAACAGAGCUGUCAUUGAGAAGAUGUUGUUGGAAGAAGAGUAUUACUUAUCUAAAAAAUCACUUCCAGAAAAAUUCUGGCUCGAUCAAAAGGAAGAUGAUAAAAAAUAUAUGAAGAGUCUACAGAAAACAGCAAAAAUCAUGGCACACUCUCCUACAAAACCAGCCAGUUACUCAGUAAAGUGGACGAUAGAAGAAAAAGAGCUGUUUGAACAAGGGCUGGCUAAAUUUGGCCGAAGGUGGACCAAAAUUGCAAAGCUAAUUGGAAGUCGCACUGUUUUACAAGUUAAGAGUUAUGCCAGGCAGUAUUUUAAAAAUAAGGUAAAAUUAGAUGGUCCAGAGAAGGAAAUGCCAAAUCAGAAGAGCAGCAGUGAUCUUCAGACUAAAAAUGAAGAUGAAGGCACGAAGGCAUGGACGCCAUCAAGUUUAAGGGGACAUGCUGAUCCCAACUUGAAUGCUAUAAAAAUUGAAAAGUUAUCUGAUGACGAAGAAGUAGACAUCACAGAUGAGGCAGAUGAGUUGACUUCUCAAGCUCCCCAAAAGAAUCCUAGCAAUGAUGUCUUAUUAAACAUUUCUAAUAGUAAAAGUCAUGAAACCAGUCAAGGGGAGUUUAUUGCUUACAAUCAGGAAGAUUCUGUAUCUGAGUCUUCCAAGGAAUAUUUUCAGAAUAUAAAGCAAGGUGAGAUGGAAGCACUUUCAAGUUCAGGAAGUAAGUUUUGGACUGAAAAACAGAGCAUUAGUGACAAAAAAUCAGUUGAAUUAAAUGAUCAGAAAUGUAAUAAACUGAUGAAAAACUCUGAAAAACAUGAUGGAAAUGGAAUAAUAGAUGAUGCCAGGCCAUUGCCUUCUCCAGAGCCUUGUGAAAUUCAGAAAGACUUGUGUGAUAAUGAAAUGCUUUUUCAUUCUUCCUGUCAAAUGGAGGAGGAGAGCCAUGAGGAAGAAGAGCUUAAGCCACCAGAACAAGAAGUAGAAAUAGAUAGAAAUACCAUUCAAGAAGAAGAAAAACAAGCAAUUCCUGAGUUUUUUGAGGGGCGCCAAGCUAAAACACCAGAACGCUAUUUGAAAAUUAGGAAUUACAUUUUGGAUCAGUGGGAGAUAUGCAAACCGAAAUACUUAAAUAAGACCUCAGUACGUCCUGGCCUGAAGAACUGUGGGGAUGUUAAUUGUAUUGGACGGAUUCAUACAUACCUCGAGUUGAUAGGAGCAAUCAAUUUUGGAUGUGAACAGGCUGUAUACAACAGGCCACAACCGGUUGACAAAGUACGAGUCAGAGACCGAAAAGAUACAGUGGAAGCAUACCAGCUUGCACAGCGUCUGCAGUCUGUGCGCACAAGGAGACGUAGGGUCCGAGACCCAUGGGGAAAUUGGUGUGAUGCAAAAGACUUAGAAGGACAAACUUUUGAGCAUCUCUCUGCUGAGGAAUUGGCAAGAAGAAAAGAGGAAAAAUGUAAACCUGUUAAAUCCUCAAAAGUACCAAGACCAACAAAAAGCUCAUUUGAUCCCUUCCAACUGAUACCUUGUAAUUUUUUCAGUGAAGAAAAGAAGGAGCCAUUUCAGGUGAAAGUGGCUUCAGAAGCACUUUUAAUAAUGGAUUUGCAUGCUCAUGUUUCUAUGGCAGAAGUGAUUGGUCUGUUAGGAGGAAGAUACUCAGAAGUUGAUAAAAUAGUUGAAGUCUGUGCAGCAGAGCCAUGUAACAGUCUGAGUACAGGACUACAGUGUGAGAUGGAUCCUGUCUCGCAAACACAGGCCUCAGAGACCUUGGCUGUGAGAGGCUAUAGUGUUAUUGGAUGGUAUCAUUCCCAUCCUGCCUUUGAUCCAAAUCCUUCCUUACGAGAUAUUGACACUCAAGCCAAAUACCAGAGUUACUUCUCCAGAGGUGGUGCAAAAUUCAUUGGAAUGAUCGUUAGUCCUUAUAAUCAAAACAAUCCUUUACCUUAUUCCCAGAUUACCUGCCUGGUUAUAAGUGACGAAAUUAGCUCAGAUGGCUCUUACCGGUUACCUUACAAAUUUGAAGUACAGCAGAUGCUGGAAGAACCUCAGUGGGGAUUAGUGUUUGAAAAGACAAGAUGGAUAAUAGAAAAAUAUCGGCUCUCCCAUAGCAGUGUCCCUAUGGAUAAAAUCUUUCGCCGGGAUUCUGACCUGACUUGUUUGCAGAAAGUGCCCACAUUCCUGUCACUGCCAACUUGAGCUACUUAGGGUAGUCAGAGCCAGGACCUUGGAGAAGCACAGAAGUCUGGAACUGAGAGGCAGUGUAACAUGGGAGGUUCAGGAGGCAGAGACCCAAAGAAAAACCUACCUUUGAUAAUGUUUACAGGAGUGGAGACAGGACCAGGAAACAUCCAGAUCUCUUAAUCCUGAUUUGAUUCUUAAGAUUGCACAAUGAUAAUAAAAUAAUAAACUUAAUUUUUUUUUUUCUUUUCCUGCUUGGCUGGUGGAAUUUUACAUUAGUACUUUUCUGAUAUCAGACUUAGCUCUUUUAAAAAUCUAAUCCCAAAGUAACAUUCAAAAAAGAAAAACCAGUGAAUAAAAUCAUCAAGAUCAGACUGUCCUUACCCCUUCAGUAUUUUAUUCUUGAACUAUUUCCAAAGUCACAUUAGGUAGGACUUAGACACUUUUGCCUUCUUGGAUGUCUUCCUCCAGAAAAAAUUAAAAAUUAAUUCAUUACAACUACAUUUGUAUAAAAUGAGUCUAAUAUUGUACAUAAACAUGUCCUCAACCUAAAAGAUUGUUUUUUUCCUUCUGAAUAUAAAAGAAAUGAAAACAUUUUUAUUGGCCUUAAAAGUAUUGGUGACUGCCGGCCUGGUAUCUAAUGGUGGCCCUGCCUGUAUUCUGAAGGGUAGCGCUGGAAAGCCGGCAGUCGUAACCUUGACCCUGUAUCACCUAUCUCACAAACCCUAGGGUGGCUUUGCCACCCCAGCCAUGAACGUUGAGCUCUAGACUUAGAGAAUUUAGGAGUGUUGCUUAGAAGUAAUCAUCAUCACGAGAAAGAUAGGAGGCAGUGAUUACUUUUAGCUUUCACGUAGAUAUGUUUGUUCUGACCUGCAAUUUAUAGUUUGAAACUCAUGCCACAUAUACUACCACUCCUUUUCUUUCUUCAUUUCCCUCAAGCCCCACUCCCUGUUUUCCCCCCAGUCCCUCUACUUACCUCUCAAUACAGGUACAGGAUGGUUCAUUGAGCAUUGGGUGACAGCAAGGCCGGAAGGAUAGAGUUGACCAGAUCCAUUCGUAUUUCAUGGAAGCUAAUUAGUGCUGCCCCAGCCUUCUCUCCAAAACUCACUUCCCCCACAGGAGCGGGGUGAGGUCGGUGAUGUGGGCACUGAGCAGGGUCAGAACCUCUGCAGCUGUGUGGGCAGCGGGGCGGUGGCUGCCUUGACAAGCCAGCUUGAGCAGGCCUCCUGCUCUUCGGUUUGCCCUGUUUGUCUUGCUGGGGCCUGACGAGGUGCGCUGGAGGACUUGGGGGAAGUGCUGUAGGCAGGAUGCUCCAGAUUGAUUAUUCGCACAGGGACAAGGGGACCUGUGGACACCUGACCACCCGACAUAUAGCUCCCUAGCCUCGGGUCAUCAACAGGCAUUCAGUGGAUGAGUUUCUUAGUAGGAAUUAAGUAAGGGUACCCCACUUUUGAAUUUUUUCGCCUACACGGUCCUCUACCAAUAACAAGACACUGUUAUAAGUCCAGAUUCAUACAUCAUGGCAUUUGGGAAAACUUAACUUCACCCAAGCACAAAGGAAAAAGCACAUUUUUAGCAUCCUCUCUAUCAGGAUUAAUAUAAAAUUUAACAAACUUGAUCAGUAUUCCCAGCUUACCAGCAGUUAAGAAUUUUCUUACAGAUUAAUAUCCUAUUUUACAAUAUUUCCAGAAAAUCACUGUGGAGAAUAAUGUCAUAUACUUUUACUCAAAUCCUGACCUUUUCUCAAAUGGUUUUAUGUGUGCUGUUCUUCAAAACUCUCUUUUCUCUGUUUUGACAUUUGCCCUGUAAUUUGUGCUUUCAAGCGUUUUCUGAAUCUUGUAGGCUACCUUAAAUUCUUUCUGGAACAAGGCAGAGAAUAAAUAUGUUAACCCCCUAAAUCAGGAGAAAAUAAAAAUUUCCCAGAGAAGCUGUGAUUAUACCAGCAGUAUACCAAACUAAAUUCGAGAAGGUAAAAUUAACUCAUGAUAUCUGGGUUGUUUGUAUUUUCUUCUUUUGAAUAUAUUUAUGAAUAUAUUCAUAAGAACUUUAAUUUCAGGGAAAAAUGCCUUAUGUGCUUGCUAUCUUUGAGGUUUCCUAGAGUAGUCUCUUAGGAUUUAAGAGGAAUGUUAAAUAUGAUUUCAUAGAUUGUACUCCUGUUUCAUAGGUUUACCAUAGAACAUUUGUUUUGAGCUAUGAAUUAUAAAAUAGUAUUUAGAAUCCAGCAUGAUUAAAUAGACUGGUCAUAGAUCUUUAAAUUUAUGGAUUUAAUGUGUAAAUUGUAAAUUGUGUAUUAUGUAUAAGUAUCAUAUAAGUUUACUAUGAUUAUUGAUAAACCUGUUGGGCUGUUGUUUUCCCCAAAUGUUAUUAGUGUUUAUGGAUUUCUUUUAUUACUUUGAAUUUUGGAGUGUUCUGUAAUGGAAUAUAAUGACUUAAACUAUUUUGUACAUUUAAAUAUGAUACCACAUUGUCUAAAUCUGUAUUAAAGAACAUUGUAAAUAUUAAUGUUUAUAUAGCUUUGAAACCUUUUUCUUAAAGUGGUUGAACUCUUCUCCCUGUACUAAACAAUGACAUAAAAUAUCUGAUUUUAAGCUUUGAGAUUUUAGCUUGUGGUAACAACUAAAAGAAAUCAUUCUGAAGAUUCUAUAUAAAUAAAAUUUUGG